AUAAUAAUAAUAAUAUAGGUCGGUAUUCAAAACGGAAUCUAAUUUAUCCUCUUCAUUAUCAACAGCUGGUGGUCCUCCAGCAAAACGGAAUUUAGACACGCAUACCCCUUCUUCGCCACCACUAAUCCCUGCUAGGAAUCACAAUCCAGUGAUGCUGAAAUCAACCUUCACUCCCAUUUUCUCAAACUUCCCCUCCAAAACCACUACUCUUCAGAAAUUCCCACCCUGCUUGGUCAUUACCAACGCAUUCACUGGAUCCCCACCACCUAUUCGCCAGAAGUCCUCAGUCACCGCACCCACCUUAAUCCCACCUCUCCAACACCACCCUCCAACAUCAGCUUACGUCCACCUCCCUUUCUGUCGCAAACGCUGCCACUACUGUGACUUCCCAAUCGUUGCUCUCGGCUCUGCCAACCCAACCGACACCGACCCUCGAAUAUCUAACUACGUAGAAUUGCUUCAGCUGGAAAUAGUUUCAACAGUGUCAAAAUUCAAUACUCACCCACCUCUUGAAACCGUCUUCUUUGGUGGUGGCACGCCUUCUUUAGUGGCUCCAAGGCUAGUUGCGUCGAUUUUGGAUACGUUGAGGAGGAAGUUUGGGCUCUCUGAGGAUACUGAGAUAUCAAUGGAAAUGGAUCCUGGGACUUUCGAUGCUCAUAAAAUGGACGAGUUGAUGGGCUUGGGCGUGAAUAGAGUGUCAUUGGGAGUGCAGGCGUUUCAAGGGGAGUUGUUGAAAGCUUGUGGGAGAGCACAUGGAGUUAAGGAGGUCUAUGAAGCAAUUGAGAUUAUGGGAUCAUGUGGUAUUGAGAAUUGGAGCAUGGAUCUUAUCUCUUCUCUCCCUCACCAGACUCCACAAAUGUGGGAGGAGAGCUUGAGGUUGACAGUUCAAGCACAGCCUAAGCAUGUUUCUGUAUAUGAUUUGCAGGUUGAACAAGGCACAAAAUUUGGAAUCUUGUAUACACCAGGGGAGUUUCCUCUGCCAUCUGAAACACAAUCUGCUGAUUUUUAUCGAAUGGCUUCGCAGAUGCUUUCUGAUGCUGGUUACAGCCAUUAUGAAAUUAGCAGUUAUUGCAAAGAUGGGUUUGAAUGCAAGCACAAUUUUACAUACUGGAGGAACAAGCCUUUCUAUGGUUUUGGCCUUGGCUCUGCUAGUUAUGUUAAUGGAGAGAGGUUUUCAAGGCCAAGGAAGAUGAGAGAGUACAUGGGUUAUGUGAAGAAUAUGAAUAAUGGGGCAGUGGAUUGUUGUGGGAAUAAUCAUCUUGAUGCGAAGGACAUGGCCAUGGAUGUUCUAAUGCUCUCGCUUAGAACUGCAAGAGGUCUCGAUAUAAGGUCUUUUACAGAUGUAUUUGGUGGCUCGGUUGUUUAUUCUCUCUGCAAGGUCUAUAAACCUUAUAUAGAAACUGGACAUGUGGUUUGCUUAGAUGAGGAACGAAGAGCCAUGACUGCAGAUGAAUUCAAUAACUUGUUUACACAUGAAGAUGAGAUUUCAAGCAGACUGGCUUAUAUCCGGCUCAGUGAUCCAGAUGGUUUCCUGUUAUCAAAUGAGUUGAUAUCCCUUGCAUUUGGGGUCAUAGCUCCCUAGAGCUGCAAUCCUUCAGGAACCUGGGACUUAUUGAAAGCGGAUCUGACAGAUGAUCCUAAUGGCUGAAAAGUAUUUUCUGAAAUUGAUUUACUCAAUUAUUUAUUCCAAGGUCAUCUUAUUUAAGCAAGUUAAAAAAUACAGUUUGUUUUAUAA